UCUUAUAGAGCUUCCUUAGUGUAAUGGACUCUUAUAGAGCCUCCUUAGUGUAAUGGACCCUUAUAGAGCCUCCUUAGUGUAAUGAACCCUUAUAGAGCCUACUCAAGUGCCAAGAUCAGCACGAAAUAGCUAUCGUGACCACGCGCUUUCUCCUGGCGCCACGCCGGAACAUGUGUUUCACCGCACCUUCAUAGAAUAAAGAAGCCAGCGACUGAUCCACGAGACGCAAGUGCCCACGUGUCUUUCUUGAACCUACUCAUAUUGAUAAUAGUAGUAGUAGUGGUGGUGCUGGUGCAAAAAGUAGUGGUGGUGCUAAUAGUAGUAGUAGUGGUGAUGCUGAUAGUAGUAGUAGUAGUAGUAAUGGUGGUGGUAGUACUACUAGUAAUGGUGGUGCUGGUUGUAGAAGUAAGUAGUAGUCAUAGAAGUAGUAGUAGUAAGGAGCAGUAGUAGUAGUAGUAGUAGUAGUAGUAGUAGUAAUAGUGGUAGUAGUAGCAGCAGUGGUAGUAGUAAUAGUGGUAGUAGUAGUAGCAGUGAUAGUAGUAAUAGUGGUAGUAGUAGCAGUAGCAAUAGUGGUGGUAGUAAUAGUAGGAGUAGUAAUAGUAGGUAUGGUAUUGGUAGUAAGUAUCAUACUAUUACUAUAUUUGUGCCCUACAAGUCCAUGUUGGAUAUGUAACCAGUCUAGUAUGAUAUAUAGAGUUACGUGAGUUUCUCAUCCCAGUAAUAACCUGUAUCUCUUUGUGGCAGUGGUUGCAGGGGACAACGUGCAGUGACACCUGUCUGCAGACAUGUAUCUCUGGGGGUUCUUGUUCUUUCUCACCGCUUUUGCAGCAACAGGUGAGUGCCUGGAGUGUGUAACUUGUAGAGCAGUUUCUCCAGAUCCUUGCUCAGUCAACACAUCUGGAAACUGCAGCGAUGGCCAAGUGUGUGCGUCUCAGUUUACGUCGUCUAUAACAAGUCAAGUCAUCUCCCUGAAUUUCAGGAGAUCCUGUGCUCCACAAAGUGAAUGCGGUGUGUUGGGCACGUUCACCUAUGGCACCACAUCGGAGAGAGUAUCUACCACAUGCUGCUCCACCGACUUGUGUAAUCCAGAAACGCCCAAAUUGCCAUUCCAGAAUUCAGUACCCAAUGGACUGGUGUGCUCAGCGUGUUCCCUCCCCGUCGGCUCAUGUAGUGCUGAUCAGUACAUGAAUUGUUCUGGAGACAUGACCAUGUGUCUUGUUAUGACUAAACAACAAAUCACCGGUGUCCAGAGUUUGCUCACUAUAUCUCGUGGCUGCGCCUCCAGUAAUUACUGCCUUAGAAGUAAUCUGAACUACACUGAAGAUGGCGUCUAUACGGAGUUCUCAUACAUAUGCACCAAUGCAACAAAUUUUACCAUGUACAAUAUAAUUUCUACCACUGCAGCUUCACUAACACAGACAACCAACACUGGGACUUCUCUUUGCAGCUUUUUACUAUCUUCAUUUAUCUCUAUUUUCCUUUUUCUAAUGUUAAUGUGAUGUAUAAUGUAAUAUGGCGUCACUUUUGUUGUCUCAUCAUGAUAAAAAAAAUCAUGGAUAAUGGUUAUAAGGAAUACAAACAUGUAAAACUUAUAGUAAUUGGAGGAAUGUAAUUAUUUUAUGUGGAAAUAUAGAGCAUCUGACACUCUCAUUUAAGACUUUAUGUAACCUUUAAAGUGAGUUUUAAAUUAUGCUUGUGUAAUACCAUGCCUGACCACUGGGCGUGCUGUUAUGGAGAAAAAUGUCAAAGCACAGCAUCUGUAUUCAACACUCUAAGGGCCAUCUAGUGUUAGAAAUAGGUAUUGCAGUGCUUGUUCUUUUCUGAGUAUACAGAGAGACCAGUUCAGUGUUUCCCAAUCAGGGUGCCUCCAGCUGUUACAAAACUAAAACUCCCAGCAUGCCCAGUAUAAAUAUACAUCUUAAAUAUGACAUUUAGGGAGAAGGAGGUGUGGUUAAAGCAUGCUUUUUUGUGUGCUGAGUAAUGCCACAUGCAGAGGAGCAGACAGGGAGUGAAUACAUCAGGUAAGGCAGUGGGAGGAGAGUUGGCAGGGUGAGAGGUCUGUGAUGAAGAUUUGAAGGAAAGCAAUGCAUUCUGGGAAUUAAAGUACUAAGCAACUGUUUAACCCAGAUUUACAGGACUAAGACCCCCCAAAACAAAUAGAUUUUUUUGUGGUUUGAGGACCGGGGCAGACAAGUAAGGCUAUUUUCACAUCACUGUUCAGAUAAAGGGACUUCCUUUGCGAAAGGACGGAAAUUGACCCAGGAAAAAAAUACUGCAUGUCUGAUAUAUAUUUCUCUGUUUUAUUCCCCUAAAAUAACAGACACCCCAUGGACCCUAUUCAAGUUAAUAAGAUCCGUUGGGUCCAUUCGGCUUUGUUUGGUGCCGAACAGGCCCUGGAAAAGGGUCAGAGCAAAACGUUAAAGUGAAAGUAUCUUAAAGGGGUACUCCACUGGUCAGCAUUCAGAAGUAAAUGUUCCAACGCUGUUUUCCCAAUGCAGGGGUUGGCCACGCCCCUUGUGACAUCAGGACUACGCCCCCCUCAAUGCAAGUCUAUGGAAGGGGGCAUGACGGUUGGCCAGCAUUCAGAAGUAAAUUUUCCUAAAGGCUGUUUUUGCACUGCGGGGGUUGGCCAUGUCCCUUGUGACAUCAGAGCCACGCCCCCUCAAUGCAAGUCUAUAGGAGGGGGCAUGAUGGCUGGCCAGCAUUCGGAAGUAAAUGUUCCGAACGCUGUUUUCGGAAUGUGGGGGUCGGCCAUGCCCCUCUUGACAUCAUGACCACGCCCCCUCAAUGCAAGUCUAUGGGAGGGGCAUGACAGCCGUCACGCCCCCUCCCAUAGACUUGCAUUGAGGGGGCAUAGACGUGAUGUCACUAGGGGC